AUGAAGAUUCUUUGUGAUACUAUUCAUUCUACACAGCAAUUACCAAAAAGUCACACAUUAUUGCUUGAUUCUCAAAUUUUACCAUCAAAAUUGAAUAUUAAAUUAAAAACACAUUCUCUCACAUGUUUGGAUAUUCCAUUGGAGACAUUUUCUGAUCUCAAACAAAUAUCUUCAUCACUUGAACGUGAUCAUCAAAAAACAAUGGCUGGUAGUGUUGAUCUUAAUUCGGAAAUGCAACAACAAUUAAAUGAUGAAAAUUUCUCUUGUUUUUCAUCUUCUCAACCUUUAAUAAAUAUUGUAUCAUCUACUAAACAACUACCAAAAGUUCAACAAGAAUGGCGGCAAAUGAUUAAACAUCGCUUUCGAUUAUCAAAUUCAUCUUUAACACCUACAUCAUUAAAUGAUUCUGUUGUUCGACUUCGACGCAGUGGCCAUUUACAAAAUAUUCAUCAAUCAUCAUUACAAACUAUUGAUAAAAUACCCAAACAAAAACGUCGUCUUUUUCUUAAUCAUAAUGGACCUAUUCCAAAAUUUACUUUUCGUGAUUUACCAUCAUAUUCUCGACAAACAUCAUCUAUUAAUCAAUUUGAACAGCCAUUCGAUACUCACAUAUCAUCAUACAUUUCAUUGCCUGAGAUUCAAUCAUUUGUCAAACAGAACGAUCCAGACAAUACAAAUAUUGUUAAUAAUAAAUAUAAACCAUUACUCUCAACUACAUCAUCAUCUUGGAAAAAAUCAGGCUCAUGGUCAUGGAAAUCAAACGAUGCUCUACAAAUUCAUUCAUUUGAAGAUAAACAAAUUCAUUCAAAUAUAGUAAAUAAACAAAUGCAAUGUCAACUUGAUCAUAAUUAUCAUUCUCAUUUACCUGUUAUUAUUGAAUCACCAUUACAAAACCGCUCUUCUUUACAAUCAAUCAAUCAAAAUGAUUACCAUUCUUCAACGAAAUUAACAAAUAUGCAUCGUUCAAAUUCUUCUUUUCAUGAUGAUAAAAUCCAACAAAAGUCAUAUAGAUUAAAUCAAAAAAAGAAUAUUUUUCCUCAUUCAUUUUCAAAUUAUGAAGUAUCACAAAAUAUACUUUCACCGCAAUCAGCAAAUCGAUAUCCAUCAACACCUUUACUGGCUUAUUCACGUCAAAAAACUAAUAAUAAAUUUGAUUAUCAUUCAUAUGAAUUUGAUAUAUCGUCUAUGGCCACUUUCGAUGACGAUGGUGAUAGUGAUUCUAUUUCAAUACAUAGUAGUUUUCGAUCAUGUCUUAACAGUAUUAAUGAUUAUUCAGAAAAUAAUAUUACUGAUAUAUCAUCAUCAUCAUCAUCAUCAUCAUCAGAAAGUUAUUUUCAAGAUGUUUCUUUUAAUUAUGAUUUGAAACCAGAAAUCUUUAAUGAAACAAGAAAACACACACGAUUAUCCAUUCGACAUCUUUGCAAUAUUCACUUUGAUCGCACACCUCUUCGUCGACAUCAAUGUUUUAAAAAGGAUGAAAUUCAAAUACUUCAUCAAGCAUUCAUUCGUGAUCCUCAUCCAUCAACGGAUGCUCUUCAACAAUUGGCUGUACAAUUGAAAGCUCCUAUUGAAAAAGUUCGUCAAUGGUUUAAAAAUCGACGUCAUAGUAACAAGCAAAAGAAACAAGCUAUUCUAACAACACAAACAUCAACAAACACUUAA